AUGAUCCUACCUGGCUCCUUUUUGUUGUUGACCUUCUGCAUGGUCCUUGGACCACUCCAGAUUGUGGCGGAUGAGGCUGACUAUGAAGAAGAGAUUGUCCUCAGGCUUGUCAUGGAAGAAGAUGCCCAAGUUGACAGUGAGAAGAUGACUCCUGGGGUUUUCCUCUGGAGUAACAAGGAGGCCUGGAGAAUGUCUGGCCAAUAUGUGGUGGUGCUGAAAGAAAACACACACAAGUCUCAGACAGAAAGGGUGAUCCGCCGUCUGCAGACCCGGGCAGCAAAGCACAGCUAUCUGACUAAGAUUCUUCAUGUCUUCCAUGAACUAUUCCGGGGUUUUGUGGUUCGGAUGAGCAGUGAUCUGUUAGAGAUGGCCUUGAAGUUGCCGCAUGUUGAUUACAUUGAAGAGGAUGCCUAUGUUCUUGCUCAGAGUGUCCCUUGGAACCUUGAUAGGAUUGUCUCCACACAUGUAGGAAACCAGUUCAACCCCCCAAAUACAGGAGAUCUGGUGGAAGUAUAUCUCCUAGACACCAGCAUACAGAGCAAUCACAGAGAAAUUGAAGGGAAGGUUCUCGUCACAGAGUUUGAGAAUGUACCAGAGGAAGAUGGCACCAGAUUCUACCGACAGGCCAGUAAAUGUGAAAGUCAUGGAACACAUAUGGCUGGAGUCCUAAAUGGAAGAGAUGCGGGUGUUGCCAAAGGUGUCAAUCUCCGCAGCCUGCGAGUUCUGAAUUGUCAGGGUAAAGGGACAGUGAGUGGCAGUAUAAUGGGUCUGGAGUACAUCAAGAAGACAUUGAUUGAGCAGCCUUAUAGCCCCUUGAUCAUUCUUAUCCCCUUUGUUGGGGGAUAUAGCCGAACACUCAAUAUGGCCAGCCGUACACUCAUCAAAUCUGGUGUGGUGAUCAUUGCAGCGGCUGGCAAUUAUAAGGAUGAUGCCUGUCUGUAUUCUCCAGCAUCUGAGCCAGAGGUUAUAACAGUUGGAGCCACUAACUAUGAGGACCAGCCAGUAACAAUGGGAGUGCUUGGUACAAAUUUUGGAAAUUGUGUUGACUUGUUUGCUCCAGGAGAUGAUAUUAUAGGGGCCUCUAGUGAUUGCAGCACUUGCUUUACAUCUAAGAGUGGAACUUCACAAGCAGCAGCGCAUGUGGCAGGUAUUGCAGCAAUGAUACUAAAUGGCAAACCAGACUUAACUGUAACUGAACUGCGACAGCGGCUCAUCCAGUUCUCUACUAAGAACACCAUCAACGAAGCCUGGUUCCCUGACGACCAGAGACUAAUCACUCCCAAUAGGGUUGCUGGAUUACCUGUUAAACUAGCCAGUGACGAGGAGCUCUUGUGUCGAACGGUUUGGUCCAAACCAUCAGGCUUUGCCCGAACAGCAACUACCUCUGUCCAAUGUACUGAGAAUGAAGAAAUGUUCAGCUGCUCCAGUUUUUCUAAAAAUGGAAAAAGGAAAGGGGAGCAAGUAGAG